CCGCCCCGUCCCGUCCCUCCUCCCCCGGGAAAGCGAAAGCGCGGCGGGCGGAAGCCGAGCGCUCCGCUCCGGGGCCGCUCCGCUCCGCGCCGGGGCCACCAUGGCCACGUCCAUCGGCAACUUCUUCCGACGGAGCCUGCGGCGAUCCGGCCGCAGAGAAGGAAAAGAGGAGGCCUCCGCUGCAGAAAACAACCCCUCGCGGGUCCUGCCGGGGAAGCCAGGAGAGCGGAGCUCCAUCUUCUAUUCUGCCGGACAGUUUUUCUUCGAGUACCUGGUGGUGGUGUCACUGAAGAUGUCAGACGGGUGUUACAAACCCAAGAUAACCUACCAGUUCCCAAAGCGUGAGAACUUGCUGAAGGGCCAGAAAGAGGAGGAGGAACGUCUCUUACAAGCCAUCCCCCUCUUCUGCUUCCCCGAUGGCAACAACUGGGCCCCAGUCACCGAGUUCCCCAGCGAAACCUUUUCUUUCGUCUUGACCGACGUGGACGGCAGCAGGAAGAUCGGCUACUGCAGGCGGCUGCUGCCAUCCGGCCGUGGUGCCCGCCUUCCCGAGGUCUUCUGCAUCAUCAGCUGCCUGGGCUGCUUUGGGCUCUUCUCCAAGAUCCUGGACGAGGUGGAGAAGAGGCGCCAGAUCUCCAUGGCGGUGAUUUACCCCUUCAUGCAGGGCCUGCGGGAAUCGCCCUUCCCAGCUCCAGGGAAAACCGUCACCAUUAAAAGCUUCAUCCCCGAGUCAGGCACAGAGCUCAUCGAGCUCACGCGGCCGGUGGAUGCUCAUCUGGAGCACGUGGAGUUCCAGGCUCUGCUCCAGCGACUCAGCCCCCACCUCAUCCUGCACAUUUUCGCCUCUGCUGUGUUGGAGCGACGGCUCAUUUUCCUGGCAGAGGAGCUGAGUGUCCUGUCGCAGUGCAUCCACGCCGUGGCCGCUCUCCUCUACCCCUUCACCUGGGCUCACACCUACAUCCCCGUGGUCCCCGAGUGCCUGCUCGCCACCGUCUGCUGCCCCACGCCCUUCAUGGUCGGCAUCCAGAUGCGGCACUUGGAGCAGGUCCUGGACCAGCCAAUGGAGGAGGCUCUGAUAGUCGACCUCUGCGAAGGGAAGAUCCUCCGGGCGGUCGGUGAUGAGGAGGAGAUCUUGCCCAUCAAGCUGCAGAAUGAGAUGCUGACAUCUCUGAACAGGCACAACAACAAUAACAACAUACACACGUCUGAGCAGGUGAACACGCUCGUCUCCGAAGCCUUCGUGCAGUUCUUCGUCCGGAUGGUCGGCCACUACGCCUCGCACAUCAAGUGGAGCAAAAACGGCUCGGGCACCUUCCAGGAGCGAGCCUUCUGCAAAGCCAUCGCCUCCAAGACCAACCGCAAGUUUGUGAAGAAGUUCGUGAAGACAAACAUGUUUUCCUUAUUUAUUGAGGAAGCGGAAAAGAGCAGGAUCCCACAGGAAGCGUAUUUCCAGCAGAAAAUAACACAGUACCACGAGCAGAAGAAGCACCGAAGGGACUCCUGAAGCCCGGCCUGGGGACAGAGGAGCGGGGCUGGCACCCAGCAGAUCCCCACCAGCGCCAAGGGCAGAACAUGCUGGAUCCUGCCGAUUUCUUCCCACCUGUGACUCACAAGACAUGUGGGCAGCACCGAACACCAGUUUCUACCCUUUCUUUUUUCCCUCAGGGCAUCGUUGCGCUGGAAAACGCGUUGGCAGGGAGGGAGUGAGCGGGCUGUGAUUUCUUUUCCCAUUUUGCCGGUGACGGGGACAAACCACAGCACGCAGCGCUGGGCCCCGCAUGGAGUUUUUGGCCCCAUCGGGACUUCACGCAGUGAGGAAGGGAACGCGGGAAACCGGCUGCAGGACAACAGAGGUUGUAGAGUCAUUGUUAGAGAUAAAAAAAGAGGAUGAGUAGGAAAUAGAGUUAUUUCUAAUUAAAACAAGCGUAGGUUUUGCAGAUGAGUGACAUCCUAUUGAAUAAGUUUCCGAGGUUUCUAUUCUUAGCUGUUUCACUGCGUUUUCUAUCAAGAUUGUUCAAUACCAGUAGGAGCAGUUGUGGUGGAUUUCAGCGGUUUCCUCUCCAGCGCUGGCUUCGGUGGUACCACCUACAGCUCUUUGAAGAAACAAAAAGACUCUUUUCUUUCCGACAGGUUAUUUAUUUGUGCUGUAAGCAAACUGUGAAGGCCCCCGGGCUGUGUUUUGUAGGGGAGGGAAACGGCCGAUCGAGAGCUUUGGGUCGGGAGGAAGUUAUUUGUUAAAUCCAGUAGUAAAACAUGUCGACAUAC